CUGGCCGUACGUACCCAUCUGGACCCGUAGUGAAAGGCUUCGAGCGCUGCGCUUUUGCCAUCAGCUGAUGAGCAAAAGCCACUCGCGGUUGUCCGGCCAGCAAAGCUGGCAAGUAGGGGUCUCUCGGGCUUGCGUAGUUGCCACAUUUGUCGCCGCAAACUCUUCGUGGCGCGAACGCAUCGCUGUGGAGAGCUAAGCAGCAUAAGCGACUUUUGCUGCAGCACUGUCGACGCGCAAACGCCGACGUGACGCGCACGACACGCGAGACGACGGCAAAAGUAAAAAAUGCGCAGGCCGCCGCGCCACGUCGACGAAGAUAGAGAACGUACAAUACCCCAACUCCCGGACGAUGACGACGACGAAAAUAAGUUAGACUGGUGCUCGCCGGAGCGGAGCUGGGUCUGGCUUUUACCGCUCGGGUUCAUCAUUUUUUAUUAUGCCUAUCAAUCAGAACCGCCGUGGCCCGACCCGGUGGGGGAUCCCUCGAGGCCGCGGACGUUAGCUGCAUACGAUGGUCCGCCUCUACGCGUCUCGGAGGCCGUGAACAGAUAUGUCGCAUCCUUAAAACCGGAAGAAGAACUGUGUAGUGAAGACAUGUGGUUGAGGACGUUGUCAAAGAAGUGCGGCUCAAACAUAAAAAAAGAAGAGCUCCAAGACACGUGUUGCGCCUUCAAGGAGCCGUUCCCGGAAGUAGCACUACUGACCGGAGCGCGGAAGAAGAACCUGAUGGUGCCGAACGAGGAAAAACGCAAAGCAGUAGCAGCGAAACCGCUGUGGGGCUUUCGGCACGACCCGGGGAGUGACGCGGUCAUGGGCCUUGGUUUUUAUCCUUCUGUGGCCCAGUUCCAGUACUUUGUGGGGAGUCUGAGGAAGACGGGGUUCCGGGGCGACAUCGUCAUGGCCGUCGGUCCUAGAAAAAAGCUCAAACGAAAAGUCGAGGAGUACCUCCGAAACCAACGAGUACUGUCAUACCCUUUCGAAUACAGUUGCUCCCAGAAGGGCAUGAGCCGUCGAAGAUUAUUAGCGACGCCCGGUGGGUGCGUGCUCGAUGAUUGGUACGUCGAGGGCGAUUCGCGGGGUCCGCGGCCGCUCGCUCUAGCUAGAUACGAGAUGUACGAGACGUGGCUGCGCCAGUACUCUUCAACAAGUUAUGCGUUGGUGUUGGAUACCAGAGAUACGUUCUUCCAGCGGGACCCGUUUUGUUGCAGUGUCCCCUUUUUUGGCCUUCCCACGCCAUCGACGCGACGUUGUCCCCGUAGCUGUGUCUGCGCAUGGCGUGGCGAUUCCACCGUCGCCAUCGACGCGACGUUGUCCCCGUGGUCUCGUCUGCUCGAUGGCGUGGAUUCCACGCCAUCGACGCGACGUUGUCCCCGUGGCCGCGUCGGCUCGAUGGCGUGGAGGCUCGCGGCGGUGGCGUUGCUGCCGCGGCGACGCGCCUCGCUCUCCACGCCGUCGCCGCGACCAUCGCCGCGGCGCCACGCCAUCGCAGAGACGCUCAUGCACCCGCCGCGGCGACCACACAUCGCGUCCCCGCAGGUUCGCCUGGCCCGACCUUAAGAGGAGAAGAAGAGACCCGGACCACGCCAAGGACCUCUACGUCUACGAGGAGAACGGCCACAAGACGGUCGGUUCCUGUCGGUGGAACCGGGGCUGGCUCAAAGGGUGUUUUCCGAACCAGCCGAGCGACCCGUCGGCGCCGGUGCGGUGCUCCGGAAGCACGAUGGGAAGCAGGGACGCCAUGCUGACCUAUGUGGACGCCAUGCUUGCUGCUUCUGAUGAGUUCAUGUGCCACCGGAAGGGCAUCCCGUCCGACCAGGGCUACCACAACUUUUUGAUCCUGUCCGGGCGGCACGAGCAGAACGGGUUGAGAGUCGUGUCGAACAAGCGAGGCCACGGUGUGGUACAUACCAUAGGAGCCUUGAACGGCGGGGACGUUCCGAUGGCCGAGCUUGGGCCGUUAGAUACAAAAUGGAAGAUCCGGGACCCCGUCAAAGGUUUUAUUACCAAUGAAGAUGGCACCAUGUCACCCGUAGUGCACCAGUGGGACCGCUGGGCGUCGGAGAUGGGUCGCUGGUUGGACAGUGCGUUCGUCAGAGACAAUUUCGUGCCGGGCGAGCGGGAAUUAUUUGAUCGGCCGCCUGCCUUUGUGGACUAUGAUCCAGCUACCUGCACGGACAUGCCCUGGAAGUCGGCGCAUCGCUCGUCGUGUGCGGGGUUGCGCGCGGAGCACCAUGACUGGGUGUCGUCGCCGCCCGAGCGGCGUCCUGCCAAAGAAGCGUGCUGCAAGUUCGGGGGCGGGAUUAAGACUGGGUAGGUUAU